CCCAGCAGCAGCAGGCCGGCCGGCCGCCGCCGCCGCCUCGCGCUCCCGCCGCCCGGCCCGACAUGAGUGAGGCGGCUCGGGUGCCCUCGCCCUCCGCGCCGCCGGGGGAGGAGGCGGCCGCGCCUGAGGAGAAGAAAGGGAAGGAGCCGGAACGCGAGAAGCUGCCUCCCAUCGUGUCGGCCAGCGCUGGCGCGACUGCGGUUUUGGACAGAGGAUCUGAAGGCCAAAUUUCCACUUUCAGUACUUUUAUUUCAACUGUUAGCCAGAAGAAAGAAACUGCUGAAAACAGAAGUUCACCUACACAUCUUGUUUUCCCUAACAUCAAGAAUGUGAGAGACCUACCGCCAAUUUGCCUUGAUGUUAGACAGAAACAGCGUAUCUCCAUAGAUGCAUUAUCAUCGGAAAUGAGGGCCCCAGUCCUUCCAGAACCUAUCCUUCCUAUUCAGCCCAAAACUAUGAAAGACUUUCAGGAAGAUGUAGAAAAAGUUAAGUCAUCAGGAGAUUGGAAAGCAGUACAUGAUUUUUAUCUAACAACAUUUGAUUCUUUCCCAGAAUUAAAUGCUGCAUUUAAGAAAGAUGCCACCACCUCAUUUAAUACCAUUGAAGACUGUGGGAUUAAUGCUAAAUUUGUGAAUGCUGUGUAUGAUGCCUUACUUAAUACUCCUCCAGACAUUCAGAAAACAGUAUUAAAGGGAAUCAUUAACAGCCUGUUACGAGAAUGGAAAGGUCCACGAACAAAAGAUGAUCUUAGAGCAUAUUUUAUACUUUUACAGAAUCCUCAAUUUAAUAACACAUCUACGUAUGUCAUCUAUGCUCACUUGCUACGACAGAUAGCUACCUUAGUGGAAGCUGACCACCAUUUCUUAGUUCACUGGUUUAAAAAAUUAUCCCAGAAGAGGUUCAAACAAUUGGUAGAGAGAUUGCUGCAAUUUAUUUCUUUACGCCUAUUUCCUGCCAAGCCUGAAGAAUUUCCCCCUAUAACAAAGUGUUCCUGGUGGAUUCCAUCAGCAUCUAAAGUGUUGGCUUUACUUAAUACUGCAAACAAUUUGGUUCACCCUCCCCUUAUUCCUUAUACUGAUUUCUAUAAUUCUACAUUGGAUCACAUUGAUCUCAUGGAAGAAUAUCAUACAUGGCAGAGCUUUGGAAACUCUCACAGGUUUUCCUUCUGUCAGUACCCAUUCGUUAUUUCUAUAGCUGCAAAAAAAAUCAUUAUUCAAAGAGACUCAGAACAACAGAUGAUAAGCAUCGCAAGGCAAAGUCUGGUGGAUAAAGUAUCUCGAAGACAGAGACCGGACAUGAAUAUGUUAUUUCUAAAUAUGAAAGUAAGGAGGACACAUCUGGUUAGCGAUUCACUUGAUGAGUUAACCCGGAAAAGAGCAGAUUUGAAAAAGAAGUUGAAAGUUACAUUUGUAGGGGAAGCUGGCUUGGAUAUGGGUGGCUUGACCAAAGAAUGGUUCCUUCUUCUAAUUCGCCAAAUUUUUCAUCCAGAUUAUGGCAUGUUUGCAUAUCACAAGGAUUCACACUGCCAUUGGUUUAGCAGCUUUAAAUGUGAUAACUAUUCUGAAUUCCGAUUGGUUGGAAUUCUUAUGGGACUAGCUGUUUAUAACAGCAUCACCUUGGAUAUUCGUUUCCCUCCCUGCUGUUACAAGAAAUUGUUGAGUCCUCCCAUUAUUCCUAGUGAUCAGAAUAUACCAGUAGGCAUCUGCAGUGUUACCAUUGAUGACUUAUGUCAAAUUAUGCCUGAGUUGGCCCAUGGAUUAAGUGAACUCUUAUCAUACGAAGGCAAUGUUGAAGAAGAUUUCUAUUCAACAUUCCAGGUUUUUCAAGAAGAAUUUGGAAUAAUUAAGUCCUAUAAUUUAAAGCCAGGUGGUGAUAAAAUUCCAGUUACCAAUCAAAAUAGGAAAGAAUAUGUACAGCUUUAUACUGACUUCCUUCUCAACAAAUCCAUCUACAAGCAGUUUGCUGCAUUUUAUUAUGGAUUUCAUAGUGUGUGUGCUUCAAAUGCCCUAAUGCUGCUUCGUCCAGAAGAGGUUGAAAUUCUGGUCUGUGGAAGUCCUGAACUGGAUAUGCAUGCUCUGCAGAGAAGUACUCAGUAUGAUGGCUAUGCAAAAACGGACUUAACUAUACGAUACUUUUGGGAUGUUGUGCUUGGAUUUCCUCUUGAUCUUCAAAAGAAGUUGCUACAUUUUACUACAGGAAGUGACAGAGUACCUGUAGGAGGGAUGGCUGAUUUGAACUUUAAAAUCUCAAAGAAUGAAACUUCUACUAACUGGUUGCCUGUGGCCCAUACCUGCUUCAAUCAACUUUGCCUUCCCCCCUACAAGAGCAAAAAAGACCUGAAACAGAAAUUGAUUAUUGGAAUUUCAAAUUCAGAAGGUUUUGGACUCGAGUAACCUAGAAGACUUGAAAUAUAAUAUUUUAUAUGUAGCAUUCACUUCCCUCUUAUUGUGCCUUUAACCUGUUCAUGUUUCUGUCUCAAAACACUUUCAUAAAGCUCACCAAUUUUAAAACAGUUUUUUAAAAAAAAUCAAAUAUGAAGUAUGUUCAACAAAGGCAUGAUUUUCUAUAAACACGGACAUUGCUUGAGUGAGGAAAGCACUACAUGGCAGAGACAAGUGUGGGUCCAGUCCCUCUUUUUUAUAGCACUUUAUCAUUCUCCAUCAGUAGUUUGUCACAGGUGUUCCACUGGGAAAGUAAAGUGCAGAGAAGAAUGCAUUUAUGACAUAGUUGAAACCCAGUGGCAGACAGUGUGCUAUUAACACACAGUAGCAAAGCAAAUAGAUACAUUAUCUUUCACAUAAGGCAUGUAGCCAUAUUUUCAUAUAGAUGUAAACAACAGUAUAAUUGCAAAUGCAGUUUACAGGGUUUUUUGAUAUACUGGCUUUGGUCCUAUAAGAUUCUUUUCAACUGUUGCUGAAAAGCAUGUAAAUAACUACAUAAUAGCCUGAGAAUAAUGGAAUUUUGAUAGUGCCAUUUAUUGCUAAAGAUUUAUUUUUACAAAGUAAAUUCAGGGUUUUAGAUGUGUAUACAGCUUUUACAAAUCAAUAAAGAUGAUUGUACAAGAGUAUUUUCAGACUAAUUGGAUUCAAGGUUAUAUUCUUUUUAAGUAUUAUUGUUAGUCUGCAUGUACAUUGACAGUAAACUUGAGUACUCUGUAUUUGUAUAAUGAUCAUUUCUUCUUAAGGGUAAAGAUAUUAGAAAAGAAAUCAGAUCUUACUAAUCCUUAAAUUAAGUCAGUUACAAGCACAAAAGAAAAAAACUACUUUUAUAUAUAUUUUGAUUGAUGUACAAGACAUAUCUACAUUUUUUGAUCACCAGUUGUACUGAAACACUAAUUUUUGGAAAAGGUAGGAUAAAAGUAUUUGACAAAAGUGAGUACGAUAAUAACAUUUGUGUCAAAAUGAUGUAGCUUGGUGUAAAAAUAAAGUUCAACAUUUUGGCCAAAA